ACCUCAGUUCCUCCCACCCGGUCUCCCCCACCACGCGACCUCUGUCAACUCUAAGCGCCGCCCGCCGCCGCCGGUCGUCCUCCCUCCCUCAACUUCUCAACGUCGCCGCCGCCGCUAGUCAGGAAACGUCGGUCGGCGAUGGCGGCUGGGAAAGCCAGCGGCCGCACGCGGCCGAACGUGCUGGUGACGGGGACGCCGGGGACGGGGAAGACGACGACGUGCUCCCUCCUCGCCGACGCAGCCGGCCUCGCGCACGUCAACAUCGGCGACCUCGUCCGCGAGAAGGGCCUCCACGACGGCUGGGACGAGAACCUCGAGUGCCACGUCAUCAACGAGGACCUGGUUUGCGAUGAGCUCGAGGACAGGAUGGAAGAAGGUGGUAUACUAGUCGACUAUCACGGAUGCGAUUUCUUUCCAGAACGUUGGUUUGACCUUGUAGUUGUGCUUCAGACGGAUAAUUCAAUUCUGCAUGAUCGCUUGACUAGCAGAGGAUAUAUGGGUGCCAAGCUCACAAACAACAUAGAGUGUGAGAUCUUUCAAGUGCUUCUGGAGGAGGCAAGGGAGAGCUACAGAGAGGAAAUAGUAAUGCCGCUGCGAAGUGACAAUGUCGAAGAUAUUAGCAAGAAUGUUGGUACAUUGACGGAGUGGACAAACAACUGGAGAGCAUCCCAGUGAGUUAGUUAGGUUGUCAGUGGAUGAGCAUGCUGGAUCUUACUAAUUACUCCACUAGUGGGCCUAGAGAUCACGUCGGCUUGCAUUUUUGUUGUAUAUUUUAUUUAUGUUAAAACGACUGAUUACAUGGAGGAGUACUAAUGAUAUGGUUGGAUACCAAUAUUUUCUACCACUAUGCAA